CUGCUCCUUUUGUUGUGUUGAUUGAAAGUGGAAUUUAUUCAAGAAAUUAAAUGUUUCACUCGUUAAAAUAAACAAAAAGUGUCUAAAAAUAAAUCUUCCAGCUCCAUCAACUUCUUCCUCACAAAACCCAACAUAGACUUCAAGGCCCAGCUGGAUAUUUAACGAUUUUAGUGCAAUAAUUGAAUUCUUUUCCAAAUGGGUCGUCAAUUUUUAUUUUUACCGGAAUGUCAAUAGGAGGUUGACAAAGCCGAUUUGUGUGUUCUAUUUAUUUGGAUGAGUUGAAAAAGUUGGGAAAAAAAAGAAUAUAAUCCAGAAGACUGGUUUGCUUGAAUUUAGCCACAAUGUUUUUGGUUUGUUGCUAGUUUGGUGAGAUUUUGGGUGGUAGGAGUGCCGGAGCUCUUUCCAGGAAGACUUUAAAACGCACAAAAACAUGUCGAAUGAAUUUGUAUUGGAACAGGAGCAUGAACCCAAUGAUUGUGGCGGUGGCGUUGGAGGCGGCAGCGAAAAUGGGCCGACUGAGAGUAUUUCCCUUGAGACGCCAUCUUCUUCGGUGUCGUACUCGGUUAGUGAAUCGAACAACAUUGGGCUUCCGUAUCAAAGUGAUGGCAUGACUGGUGGCUCGAUAAUACAAUCGUCGCCACCGCACUAUCGCCACUCCCGUGCCUACAGACAUUUCAAGAAUCCCCCGCAACCCCACAUGUGCAUUCGAACAACAACAGAGCAUGGCGAAGAGCUCUUCAUAAAUGUCCUGAGUUGGACACGAAUUGUGAUUCCGCAAGAAGCCAGCGACCCCAUACCACUUUAUGGAGGCAUGAGGGUACCUCCAGGAAGUCCACGCAAUCCUCCCGUUGUUUUCGCUGUGAUGGCAAAUCCAGAAGUGCUUAAAGAUUCCGGCAGACACAGCAAGGAUCCCGAGGAGAGGAGAGCUAUGGUUGAACUGAUGUGCGAUUUCGUUGAAGCUAUGAAUCCGGGCGUUAAAUUGAUACGCAAUGCAGUUAUUCUAAAGGACCGAGAUAUAUCAGGUGAGUUAAAAGAUGUAUGGAAUGCCGUGCAAGCUCAACGAGACCGAGAAAGAGAGGAGCAAAUGAUGCAACAGCGGCAGCAGCAACAUUACCACAAUACAACUACACAACAAUUAUUCCCAAAAAUCCAGAGUCCUUCAUUUGAUGAAACACAACCACAGCAAACUGAGCAACCAAUGGAAACUAGCAGCUCAAGCAAUGGGACCGAAAAUAAUACUCCAACUGAGCUAGGUACAGAUUCUUCCGCUGUGGUGGUAAAAAACGAUAAAUCACCGGAAUUAUUCCCAAAAACUGUACUGGACGAGUCGAAUACAAAAGUUGAAACAGUCGAUUGUGCAAUAAAUAGUGCUACUAGUGAGACUCCGAAGGACCCCCUGCCUGGCGAUAUAUCCGAACAAAUAAGUCUUGAGCCUGCACUCAUCCAAGUUAACAACAUUCAUAAUUCGAAGCUCUGCUCGAUAUCGAACACUGAAGAUAUAAACAAGCCCAUUACCUUAACGAAUGGCAAUAACAAAAAGGCCUCAACCACUGAAGUCGCCAUUCCAAGUUCUACUACUGCCAACAAGACGCCAGCAGCGACUGCUCCACCAAAAAAAGAAAAACUUGGUGGUUUUCUUCCAAACGGGUGCAUUUUCCCCCGAUUCAAGAACAACAAGCACAAGGACAAGGACAAAGAUAAUUCCAAAUCUACCUCAAAAGACAGGGAAAAGACCCUAUUGCACGUCCUCAAGAAGAACAAGGACAAACAAGAGGACACCACAAAGUCGCAAUACGAAAAAAACUGCAUCAAUCUCGAAAGUGAAGUCGAGAAACUAGAUCUCAACAAGCUUGACACUGCUACGAGCAAUGACAAUAUGUUUAUGAAGCUUAAAGUUGCUACAUCAGCUGCCAAAUGAAAAGCACCAUGCUUUGCUGCUUGCCCAUCUUUUUGUCAAUUUAAGACCUCCUAACGGAUUGGAGUGCUUUUUUCAUAAACUCUCAUUAUAAACACUCAUCAUGCGGCGCAUUCACAUUCAUUACACACACACGUUAGUUUGUAUUUUUCUUUUAAGAUAAUAUUAUCUCGUGUAGCUUAAUGCAAAAUCGAAAUGUUUCACAAAAUCAACAUAAAACUCAUUUCAUCAUAUACGAAAAUAUUUUCACGAAUUCAUACGUUAUAAGCCUUGCGUAAUGCCUUUGCAAAUGUAAUUUAGCAAACGUUUGUGCCAUAACAGAUAUAUUGCGAUUUAUACACACAAAAAUUUAAGUCUUAAUUUUUUGUCAAAGCACAAAGAAAGGUAUGAUUAAAAAAUAAGCACAAUUCCAGUUGUUUUUUAAGCACUUACAUAUACGAUACAUAUUUAGUUACUAAUGUUGCACCUAGAACAGUGAUCGACAAAUUUCAUAGGUAAGAUAUAAGUUUCUCCACAGAGUAAAGAAUUCAUAUUGUUGUACGAGUAAUAACGAAAUACAUAUAUUUAGCUUUUGUUUGUUAAGUAAAUAUUUCUCUUUACAAUCUGUAUGGUUUAUAAAUAACAAGAUGUUAAAUGUUUAAUUCUUUAAUUCACAAAAGCCAUAAAAAAACUAUAAUGUUAUAAUGUGCUAGGACGAGCUUAAAAAGUUUUAAAUUCAAUUGUAUUAAAAUGUUUAAAACACACAAAUAUUUUUUAAGCCAGAAGGAAAACUUUUUUCGAGUAGUACUAUUGACAAUAUUCAAGACUUAACCAGGUUGUUUUUUUUUUCUUUUUUUUUGAGUUUUGUUUAAAGAUUUAUCUGUAGCAUUGAUUUUUGCGCGGAGCUAGUUAACAAAAAGAGAUCUGUCCCAUCAUUGUUCCCAAUUGCCGAAACAAAAUGUAAAGAUUCUUUUUGUACUUUUAGUUUCGUACCAGCAAUGAUUUGGCAUCCUUCCGAUCAAGAAAGAAAAGAAUCCGUACUUACAGUGGCUCCCAGCCAAAAUGAUGCACCCAAUUUCUUUGCUGACAAAUUUAAAUAAAUAGGGAACCACUUCAAAAUGAAAAGAAAACCAUGCGUUAUAAUAUUU